ACACACACACACGCGCGCGCGCGCGCAAAAACACAGAAGCAAAUAAACCUAACCUAAAAGCAAGAUGGAGCAACCCACGAGGACCAAACUGGAGGAUUGCGAGGUAUGCGCCGCAGCUAAGGCACGGUACACUUGUCCGAAAUGCGAGGUUAGAACCUGCUCUGUCGCCUGUGUGAACGUCCAUAAGAAGGAACUGGAGUGCGACGGGAUCCGGGACAAGACCAAGUUCAUCCCCCUCAAUUCGUUCACCGAUCUGGAUUUAUUGAGCGAUUAUCGCUUCCUCGAGCAAGUUGACAGAACGGUUGAUACAAAGAAGCGAAAUCCGGAGAUAAGGUUCACGCGUCAAGCUAAUCUACCAGUGCACCUACAUAAAUUGAGAUGCGCUGCAGGCUACAGAAAGAUAUCGCUGUUAUUUAUGCCGCAGCUCUUCAGUCGGCACAAGGAGAACACUACGUAUCUUAAUUGGAAGACCAAUGAGCUAUUCUGGCGUUUGGAAUGGAUUUUCCCACAGGCUGAAAAUAUUAAGUGCACGGUGGACAGAACUCUAGACAGCAUAAGAUUAUCAACAUUGGUGGAACAGGUUUUAGAUCCGGUCUCUUCGACAGAUGAGACUGAUAUUGAACGAUUGAAUACAAAACUGGUUUUAGCUGAUAAACUGCAAUUUUAUAGAGCAGCUGGGUUAAGUAAUAUUAAAGUGCUCUUGAAAGCCGAGAAAAUAAAGAAGGCAAACUCUAGGUUUUAUGAUUUGGAUCUUACGCUCACGUUGAGAGAAAAUUUGGAGAAUAAAACUAUAGUAGAGUUUCCGACAUUGCAUGUCGUUAUGAAGGAUCACUCGAAUAUGUACGAGAUUAUAGACACUGAUGAAGAAACGAGUGACACGGAGUGUACGAAUUACGGAGCGAAGAGAAGAUACAAUAAUGAUAAUGGGCCUGACAAAAAAAAUAAGCCGAUAAAUUAUUUCUUCAAUGAUCUCUCGGAUUCUGAUGAUGAGAAGACGGACGUCAAAUUUAAAAGAAAGAAACAGUCGCUUGAUAUACCGAAUUACGAAGACUUGAUAAAAAUGUGAAAAUUACGUUCAUUGUUAUAAAUAUUUAAUUAUGUGUGGAUAUAUUUUAUUGUAAAUACAUCACCGUUAUUUUAAUACAGAAGAAAUACAUACAAAUAUAGUAACAUUAAUGACGCGUAUGGCCAUCUAUAAUACAUUUUUUUUUCUCAAUUGGUUCCUUUUCUGCUGAU